AACUAAGGUGCUUGUAUGCAGGUUAUAGACGCGUGCAAUUCCCAUCACUUCACCCUCUUUACUUUCUCUCUCUGCGAUCUGUUUCGUGUAGCUCCUCGAAAAUGUUGGCACGCCUUGUCGCGAAACGUUUCAACGAGAUCCGUAAAAUUUUCCGUCAGCCUUCGAGGGCUUUCUCAACCGCUCUGAACUACCACCUUGACUCACCGGACAACAACCCUAACCUCCCAUGGGAAUUAUCCGAUGCCAACCAAGCAAAGGUCAAGGAGAUUUUAUCGCACUAUCCAUCCAACUAUAAGCAAUCUGCAGUGAUCCCUCUUUUGGAUCUGGCCCAGCAGCAGCAUGGAGGGUGGCUCCCUGUUUCUGCAAUGAAUGUGGGGUGCUGUGUGAAUGCUCCUAUGAUUACAGUGGCUGAUUAUUCAAAUGGAUCGGAGGGAUAUACUUAUAAUUACUAUGAAGAUGUAACUCUAGAGAGAGUAGUUGAGAUAGUGGAAUUGCUGAGAAAGGGGGACCAUCCCUCAAAAGCCGGCCCAAGAGGUUAGAGAACCUCCCGCCUUAUAAAGUCUCCUUGGUGAGGAGACCUUCCCGAUGUGGGACUUGUUACAUUACCACCCCCUUCGAAAGCCAGCGCCCUCGAUGGCUGCACUCCACGGUACUUCACUCACCGGCACUUCACUCGGCCUUCUUGCCGGUCAGAACCCUCCGAUGGUCAGAACCCUCCGUGGGUAGCCCUUCUCAAUUUGGCUGGCUCUCAACGAAAGCACCAUUGUAACGAGCAUAAGGCUAAGGAGGGGAACCAUCCCUCAAAAGCCGG